AUGCCUCGCGAACAACCGAAGAUAACGACUACUCGGCGAAUUAUCACCACGCCACCUUCGAACGUGGUGGUUGGACCCAUUUACCGCUAUACGAUGGAGCAGGAGGCACAAAUAGCGGCCUUAAGUGCGUACACGUCGACCAUUGCCCUACCACACACCCAUAGCUACCAUUUAUGGGAGCAGCGGUUCCUUUCUCGGCUGGACACGCAUCCGCGGUAUAUGCGCGCCGCAAAAUGGCAGUUAGAAGAUGCAAAGAAGCGAAUUCGCGCUACGAUGGAAUGGCGGCGCGAGUACCAGCCCGACUUGAUAACACCCGACGAGGUGCGGGUUGAAAGCGAGACGGGGAAACUGAUACUCAACGGGUUCGACAACGAGGGCCGGCCAAUUCUCUACGUCCGCCCCGGUCGGGAAAACACGGAGACGAGCCCGCGGCAGGUGAGGUAUCUCGUGUGGUGCUUGGAACGCGCCAAAGACCUGAUGCCGCUGGGCCAAGAAUCGGUCGCCAUAAUCGUCGACUACAAAUCAACCACACUACGCACUAACCCGUCGAUUGCCGUGGCGCGCAAGGUUUUGAAUAUCUUGCAGCGACAUUACGCGGAGACCCUUGGCCGCGCUAUCGUCGUCAACCUCCCUCCCCUGCUGAACUUCUUCUUCAAGGGCAUCUCGCCUUUCCUCGACCCAGUCACGCGGGAGAAGAUGCGCUUCAACCCGCCCCUGUUGUCCCUCAUCCCCGCCUCCCAGCUUGACGCUGACUUCGGCGGCGACAACCACUUCGAAUUCGAGAAAGACGAAUACUGGAGACAAUUGCUUGACGCCUGUCACAUUGCCCCCGACGGCACGCGUGUGCUGUCUCCGCGCUCGAGUAUGAGCACGAUGUCCUUGCAGGACGUCAAACUGCAGGAGGUAGAUCUGCCGCCCAGUCUUGUGGUCUCCGAAAUCACCGUUUCCUGA